UGCCGGCCGGGCCCUGGGACAGGGACUGAGAUCCCAGCUGAGGAUGCGAGGGCUGAGGGGGCUGAAGGCAGGCAGGACGGUCCUCCAGGCCUUUCCUGCUCUGUGCGUCCCGUCUGCUGGAGCAGGGGCGGGAGAGCGGCUGAGCCAGGCUGGUGCUGACACUCGUGGAGUCAACAGAACUGCAGAAGGCUGGACCGGCCUGGAAAAUGGCCCCGUGGCCGUUUCCCUCCCGCUUCAGAGGUGUCUUGGGGCUCCCUCGCUUACCCCGGGGACCUUGGGUUCAACUGUGCCUCAGCUCCUGUCCCCUAGAUGGGUUCUGUCAUGACGAAUGCCGCCUGAAGUGGCCAAGGGAGGGGGGCGGGUGAGAUGAGCAGAGGCCGAGCUCAGCCAUCAGCUGAGCGGACUGCACACCCCAGCACGGCAUUUGCUGAAGCACUGGAAUUGCGGGGCCCCUAAAGAAACUCUAGGAAGGGAGAGUCACAAAGGUGUCCCACAGCAGUGACCAGGGCACAGCCUCAGGGCCUGAGUCACAGGUCCUCAGACACCGAGGCUUCCCACGGGGAGCAGGAGACCCACGUCCGCCCCUCUCCGGCCCCAUCUGCCUCUGGUUCCAGCUGCUUGUCGGCGUGGCGGUGGGGUCUGGGCCCUGGACAGCCCAGCACGCCAGUACCCCCCGGGCCUCUCCGCUGCCUCGGCCUCCUGGGGUCCACAGAGGCUUUCAUUCCAGGAACGCUCUUCACUCCCGCAGGCUCAGAGCCUUGUAGCGAAGCCCUCGUUCCUGCUCCGGAGUCUCCGAAGCUAAGUGGUGGCCUGGGGAGCCUGCUGGGAAAAGAGGCCCAUCUGCUUGCUGCCUUCCCAGAAGCGGCAUGGCGACUGGACGCAGGGGGGCCUCGCAGGCCUGAGCAAGCGUCCUUGGCUUGUCCUUGGCCACGGCUGACUCGCUUCUUACCAGCUUACUGGAAAUCCCUGCUCUCGGCCAGGCCUGUCUUAUUACCAGACACAGCCCUUGGCCACGUGUGAAGUCCUGUGGCUCCGCCCACAGCGUGUCCUUGUGCUCGUCCGCUCUCUGCCCUGGCCUGCGACAGGUCGAAGCCCCCAGGUCAGGAUCAGCCUUGCCCUCUCGCCCCGGCACUGCCUGUCCGCAGCUCACGCGGGCGUCCUUGGAGCACCCCGCCUCUUCUGCUUUCCCGCACGAGGGGAGACCCGCCCCAGUGUGGUGACAGAGUGCCAGGCACACCCGGACUUGGGGACUCACUGGGUCUCAAGGCAAUUCAUCGCCCCGUUCCGAUUGCCAGAAAUUUCCCCUUCUGUUACGCAUAAGCUGUGUCCCGCAAUCCCCUUCUGACCCUGGCGGCAGCCCCCAGGGCCUCCUUCCCAGGAGAGCUUUUCAGAAAUAGUGACCUCCUCCACCUCUUCCCCAACCCCCCCCCCCCCCCCCCCCCCCGCGCCGCCACCGUCGUGGUUUUGACUCCCUUCACCACGUGGAUUCUAUCUCCAGUCUGUCCAUUCCUCUGUCCUCAAGGCCGGGAACUGGGGAUAUGAGCCAGGGAUUAAUCGCACGGAGUAAGCUUCCGAAAGUCACGGGGGCCAUCGGAAGGCCUGAGCUUAGAGAUAAUUUCCCUUCUCUGCAAAGGCCAGGCAUUUAGUCCAAAUGGGCAGAGUCGGGCGAGGGCCAGGCCAGCAGGGGACAGCAGCCACAGCCCAGAUGGCCAUCCCAGAAACACAAGCUACCAUCCCCAGCCUGAGACGCAAGACGGCCACUGAUCUCUUCUCCUAGAGGCUCGUCGCCGCGGCCCCCGGAGCCCGGCCGCCGCCGCCACCAGCGCCCGGGUGGGCCCCGUGCGGCCCGGGCGCGGCUCCGCAGUGAGCCCCCCAGGAAGCGGCCUGCGGACGCGCCGCCAUGGGGCUUAAGCUGUCCUGCCUGAAAGGCUUUAAAAUGUGUGGCAGCAGCAGCAGCAGCAGCCAUGACGAGGCCCCCGUCCUGAGCGACAAGCACCUGGAUGUGCCCAACAUCAUCAUCACCCCCCCGACCCCCACGGGCAUGAUGCUGCCGCGGGACUCCGGGCAGACAGUCUGGCUGGACGAGGCAGGGCCGUGCCCAGAGGACGGAGACAUAGACCCCGAAGCCUGAGGAAGGGGCACGGGUCGGAGAGCGUCCUCCCCGGCUCCUGCUCCGGCCGGCCCCGGCUCCACAAGUCCCUGGGGGCUUGGCUGCCUGGGACAGAUGCGCUGCGUCCCCUGGUCAGGAAAACAAAGGCUCCUGGUGCCCGGCAGGUCGCAGGACGAGCAAGGAAGGAGCCCUGCUUGCGUCCGGAACCGUGUUUCCCAGGCCCCACUGAGCGGACCGGACCUCUACUGCCCACGCAUUCGUGCUGCCCCCGGAGCCGUGGCGACGGCCGUCAGGACGCGCUCACCCUCCCCGCGCCCCGGGCCACCCAGACGGGCACGCGGGAGGUCCACACACACUCAAGAACUCCUUGCAGAGGAGUGACUGUUUUGUACAUGUGGUUUUACAGCUACCGAAACAGCCCAAAAAGUGGCUUAUGAUUUCUUUUUUGCAUUAUAAAUAAAGGCCAUCUGUAACGA